UUUUUAUUUUGCAUCAUAUUUGAUUUGCAAUUAUUCGGAAUAAUCUAUUAUCUGAUCAAUUCGAUAUGUAGCUAACCGAAUAUUUGGUGUCUGGAUAUCCAAAAAAAAUUAAAAUUUUGUAACAGAUAUUCGAUUUGAUUCCUAUUAAUAAAAUUAAAAUUAAAAAUAAAUAAAAAUUCACAAUAAUAUAAAAUAAUAAUAUUUUAUUACAAAAAGGUUAUUUACUUUUAAAAUUCUAAUAACUAAAUAAUAAAAAAAUAUUAUAAAGCUUACAUAAGAUAUUAUAUUUAUAUAAUUCAUCUAUAUAGUUUUAAAAUAUAUGUAUAUAUAUAUGCAUAUAAUGAAUCCAAUCAGAUAUAUGUUCCUAAAAAUAUUAAUAACUGCAAUCCAAUGUGUUUUUUACGGAUAUUGUAUAUUAGUAUUUAUUUUACUUCGUAGAGUUAUGGAUAUCCGAAUUUUUUGGUUCAAAUCGAAAAAAAUAACGAAUCGAAACUGAUAAAGAUAAAAGAUCGACUCAAAAUUUACGGAUAUUUUGCUUAGCCCCGGUAGAUAGUAACAGUAAAAACAAAUGAUCAUUGUGACCACAAUCACUUUUGUGCCUUAUUAAAGAGGAGUGGGCCUGAUGAUAUAUGAGUGACACAAGAUAUGUUCUAAGAAUAACCUAUAGAAAUAUCUCUACAAUAAUAUUCAUUAAAUGACACAAGAGAAAGAAACAAACAUUAAAAAGUGACACAAGAUAUGUUCUAAGAUUUUUCGUCAAGAGAGCAGUUGGACGAUUUAAUUCUAUUUCGUAAAUUGCUUAGCUGUUGCACUGUCGUUUUAAAAAAAUAAUACACUUGUUUUUACCGAUCGUAAGCUAAGACUUUAUAUAACAAAGCAGCACUCAACUCUCUUCUUCCUAAAAGGCAGCAACGAGACAGUUUCUUGAUUCUUCAAGAGGACCUGAAAUCAUGCUGGAUCCGGCGCUUGAGUAGACUUCAUUUCCUUGUAACAAACCACACGAUGAGAUUUCACCGUCUGAUUUCGGAGCAAUCCGUAGCCUCUACAUCAGUCAGAGGACGUUUAAAGAAGAUUUACAAAAACAUGAAAACCCUUAACACGAGGAAGAUUGUUCUGCUAGUUUGCUUGGUGGCAUUGGCUAUUGAUCCUUUGUUUCUCUUUAUCCCUGUUAUUGAUUCUCAUAGACUCUGCUUCACUUACGACAAGAAACUUGUUGCAACAGCUUGUGUUUUUCGUACCUUGAUUGACACAUUCUAUGGGAUACACAUAAUUUUCCAUUUUAUAACCAAGCAUAUUGCUCCUCGUUCUCAAGUAUCAUUUAGAGGUGAGACAACCGUGUAUUCUGUGGCUAUAAGCGAAAGACACCUCAUAUUUUACUUCAUCGUUGACAUUGUUUCUGUUCUCCCUAUUCCUCAGAUUAUGGUUCUCAGUCUCAUUAAACGGUCUGACUCGCUAGUGUCAAAAAAAAUACUGAAAUAUACUAUACUUUCUCAAUAUAUACCAAGAAGCAUUCGUAUCUAUCCGCUUUUCAAAGAAGUGUCAAGAUCAUGUGGUACGGUAGCAGAAACAAAGUGGAUUGGGGCUUCUUUAAACCUUUUUCUCUACAUGUUGCAAAGUUAUGUGUUUGGGGCUUUCUGGUACUUGAGUGCAAUAGAGAAGAAAAACAGAUGCUGGUCUGAUGCGUGUGCUAAGUCAUCUAUGUGCAAUCUCACGAAUUUGGACCUGUAUUGUGUGCGCGGUGGCGGAGACAACAGUCAUUUUCUGAAAAUUUCAUGCCCGUUAAUAGACCCUGGAGAGAUUACAAAUUCCACAGUUUUCAACUUUGGUAUGUACAUUGAUGCAUUGAAAUCUGGGGUGGUAGAAUCAAGGGAUUUUCCGAGGAAGUUCUUUUAUUGUUUUUGGUGGGGUCUCCGAAAUCUUAGUGCUUUGGGGCAAAACUUAGAGACAAGCAACUCUGUAGGGGAGAUCUUUUUUGCUAUCACCAUCUGCGUCUCUGGUUUACUCUUGUUUUCUGUGCUCAUUGGAAAUGUCCAGAAGUAUCUGCAAUCAACUAUAGUUAGAAUAAAUGAAAUGGAGGAGAAAAGGAGAGAUACAGAAAAAUGGAUGUCCUAUCGGAUGCUGCCUGAGUCUCUUAAGGAACGCAUUAGGAAAUCAGAGGAUCACAAAUGGCGAGAAACCAGAGGCACCAAAGAAGAAUCUUUUCUUCGAGGGCUUCCAAAAAACCUUAGACUCGAAAUCGAACGCCAAAUUUACCAGAAGCUGUUAAAGCAUAUGCCUUGGUUUGAAGAUAUGGAUGAUCGCUUACUAGACAGUGUAUGCGCUCGUCUCAAAACGGUUAUUUACACAGAAGACAGUUACAUUGUUGACGAAGGUGAACAAAUCGAGAAUAUGUUGUUCAUAAAUAGAGGAACUGUAAUAGUGACGGAAAAAAAAACUACAUUCUUUCGCUCUGUUGGUGAAUUCUGCGGAGAAGAACUUCUCAGUUGGGCAUUAUUGGAUCCUCACAGUUCUUGUGUCCCCAUCUCCAGUAUGAUCAUUAAAGCCCGGACAGAAGUCGAAGGCUUUGUUCUGUCAGCUGAUGAUCUCAAGUUUGUCGCUGCUCAGUAUUGUCGCCUCCAUAGAAAGAAAGCCAGACACAUAUCCAGGUUACAUUCGAGGAAAUGGAGGAAUUGGGCAGCAUGCUUUAUACAGGCAGCAUGGACGGAAUAUUGUAGAAGGAAGCUCUCAAAAGAUUUAGGUGAAGAAGAAGCCAAACUACAUAGCACCAUUCAGAAAGAUGACUCAGCAGGCAAUACACACAACUUAGGUGGGACGGCUUUUGCGUCAAGAUUAGCUUCUACUGUUCUGAGAAAUCUACGGGUGAAUGCCUCACGUAAGGAUAGAGUCCGUCAGAUAUCUUUGCCAGAGAAACCAGUCGAUCCUAAAUUUCCUAUGGAUGAAAUUUAAUCGUGUUGACAGAUAAAAUAAAGAAUGUCUUGCAUUGAAGGAUAACUACUUUAUUUUGCUUGCAAUAAUAUUUGUAUCAGCCUUUACUAUUUAAUGAAAAAAGUACUCCUUUGUUUCAUAAAAAGCAUCAUUUUUGUUGUGAAUCAAGAGAAAGAAGGAAUUGGUUAAUCCUAUUAUUCUAUAGGUCACGAUACAAUAUAUAGGGAUACAACAUUAGGGUUUCAGAAUCCUCUAGAACAUGAGCUUAUGGGCUUAAUGGACAUCCAAAUAAUAAUUCAUAACACUUCCCCUUGGAUGUACAUCCACAUAAUAGUUCAUAACACUCCCCCUUGGAUGUACAUCAAAAAAAAUAUUUUCUAAAGCGCAUAAGAUACUACCUCAUUAAAAACUUUACUAGGAAAACCCAGUGAAAAAAACUUUGGUGAAGGGAAAAAGAGUGCAGCGCACAUCUACUCCCCCUGAUGAAAACAUAACUUGAGAUAUCUGAUAGAACACAAUCCAAUGUGAUGAAUUAACUCCUUCUUCUUGGAGUUGGACAUGUUUACUUCUCUUAGCAGAUUUGACACUCCUCACUAAACUUGAAUAUCUUGAUGCCGUACGAUAAAAUGACUUCAAACCACUUGAUAAUCGAAGCUAGCAUCCAUGUCUAACGUUAGGCACCGGUCUAGCUCUGGUAAGAUGUUAGUAUCGAGCAAUAUUUGGGAUAUCAGUCGAAAUAAGGUAUUCUGAGACAGCUUGUACGUGUCCCGUGAAAAUAGCCAUAUCUCGAGUUCUAUCAUGGAGAAUGACUUGAUUCAAAUUAGAGAUGAAAACAGACUCAAAUAUCUUUCUCUGAACAUAAAUUUCAUAUUUUAAUUCCAUCUAGAAGGUCUCCUUUGAUUGGAAAACUUUUGACCUUUGAUUCUGUCUCAAGAAUGGAAUGUGUUCAUAAAUUGAUUUUUCUUCAAGUAUGAUUGAUCUAUCUCGUUUUCUCCUGCUUCUUAAAUCUCGAAAAAUACUUUGGAAGAUUGAUGACAUUCCUCUUUAGGUGUAUAUCCUUAGCGUGUUAUUUGUUGCCUCGUUAAAACCUUGACAUAGAAACCCCUGUGGGACAAAACCAAUGAUAAGAAAAAAGAGUACAACCACACGCAUCAUCAUAUUCUCCUCAUUUUUAUAGACAAUCUUUUAAACAUUCAUAUUGUACAUACUUGUUGUACAUACGAGUUAUUUUCUCUCUUAUAAAUUUUACUAGUAUGAUCAUUCUUCUUGUCAUACAAAAUCACAUCUUUCAAUCAUGAAAGAAAUCAGUAAAUUUCCCUCUUUGUGAGAACUAUUGUGCAACUACUCUUUUGCAUCUUACAACUUUUCAUCAUCUCAUUCAUUCUUUCACAUAAAAACCCAUUUGUGUACCACUGGUUUUGCACCAUUAGGUGUACGGACUAUCGGUCCGAAUACUCUUCUCUUUCCAAGAGAUUUAAUCCUUCAUCUAUUGCUUAUUUCCAUUUUGGUCUAUCAUUUUCUUUGUGUACACUUUUCAAUAGAUGAUUCAUGAUUCUCAUUUUCAUCAACUGCUACAUUGCAUGCAUAAGUAUUUACGACGUCAAUUUGGUAUCGGUUCCAUAUCGUUCCAAACAUGACAUAGCUAUUUGAGAUUUCUUUAUUCUCAGGUACCUGAGUUUAUUUCUUGUCAUGUUUUCUAUCUCUCCUCGAGAUCUUUAAUCUUUCAUUCCUCGAUUCUGCCAUUCUUAUUCGUGCUUCUUUUUCGAGUAUUAUUAUAUUUGGAACCGAUAGGUGUAUCACGCUUCAGGCGUUCUUUAGACUCAUUAGCAGUUUGAAGUUGGACUUUUGGGAUAUUCAUUUUAAUUGGAACAUUUACAGCUGGUACUUGUGACUUAAUCACUUUCUUAGGGCCAGUAAAUGAGUCUGGCAACUCAUAUGCUAAUCUUUGUAAUAGAAUUUUCUCCAUACAUUCAUUUUGGACUUUUAUUUCCGUUCUUUAGUCCGAGGAUCAAUGAUAAUUCAUUCAACUCAUUCAUUCUCCAGCUGUUUAUUUUCUCUCCUUAAUGUUGGAUAUACUAACUUUUGAGUCUUUAAAUUAUAUUAACGGAGAUUAUAUCCAACAUAUUCAUAACCUCCUUUGAGGUCCCAUCUUUUAUAGUAUGGUGGAGUAACUACAACUUUUCUAGAUGGAAAUCUUUGGUUCCUGACCCAAAACCAAUUUAUUGGAGAGAUUUUUUAAUUACUAUUUGGCAUUAAGCAAAUCAAUGCUGCUGCAUCUUAAAUAUGAACAUUAGCUACAAGAUGUUCAUCAUGUAUCCACACAUGCAUAAAAUAACCAUGAAAGGCCUGUUCACCAAUAUUACCAAUUAGUCUCGCAAACAUCAGGUUGCGGAUCUAUGACAAGGAUACAUACGACCUUCUUGUCGAUGGAUAUGGUGGAUGGUCAGUCCACCAGCGGGUGAUCAAGCCCCACAAACAGCUCUUUGUAUAAAUAGAAUCCAAAUCUUUUUGACUGGUGAAAACUGUAUUCUUAUACUGCCUUGUAAGCAAGCAGCAUAUCACAUAUCAUUCGUAAGAAUAUUUUCGUUCUUUAAUGAGUAUCUAUAUGAUUUAUCUUUCGCAUCAUUACUAAACCGGGAUGACAUAACCCAUUUGCCAAACAUUACACUUUCGGUAAACUUCUGGUUUACUUCUACAUUUAUCUCCAUUUUCUAAUCAUUGUGUAGUACCAUACAAUAGUGUCUUGCGUAAUACUUCUGAUUGAAGGUAUUCAACAUUUCCCUUUACUUAUUGUCUCAACAUUACUAGAUUAUAAAUCAUGUUGUUUUAUUUUAUAAAUGACUUCUCAAGUCUAUUUUUAGUGUGAACAUGCUUUUAGAUGUUUUACUUACUAGGGAUGUGGGAUUUUCUAAUUCUCCCCUUCAAGAUAAUGAUACUCCAAGUUCAUAUAUCUGGAAUCGAAUCCAACUUAAGGUUGUGUGUUAUAUUUUAGAUCCUUUUGAUCUUUGAGACUUGGGAAAGUAUAACAUAUUAAUGAUUUCAAGUUGUGUUUCCAUAGGCAAACAUGUAUCUGCUCCUCUGGAGCUUCCAAUAAUCUUAAUGCUACAAGACAUUGUACUCACACUAGUUUAUUUUCUUAUAAUAUAAGAGAUAUACCUUUUAUUUGAUAUCAUCCUUAUUUUCUCACUUCUUGUGAGACUAUCUGUCUUGAAAGAAACUCAUUGGGCUUUACAAUAACCAUAUAUUGUAUAUCCACAUUAACGUCUACAUCCACAUUUGUAGCCACUUUCUCAGGCAAUAAUGUGGUCUUUUCUUUCUCAAUAUAUAAUGUCACAUUCACUUCAGGAAAUGGAGCAUAAUGAUUCAUUAUCUUACAUCAAUAAUAGCUCAUUGUUUUUCUCAGUCUCAAGAAGACAAGAUAUAAUUAUAAACUUUUUUUUCAAUAGUGUCUUCUUGACAACAUUAUGUGAUUUUUUUUAUCAAUACAUAUGCAUCAUUAAAAAUUUCUUUGAGAAAUUUUACUUUUAAACUUAACAUCCAACAUAGUUGAGAUUUAUUUACACAUUUAAAGUCUUUUAAUAUUUAGAUGCAAAAUACAUAAUGAGCUUUACGUAAUCACAUUCGGAUGAGUAUACAUUUUUUUGGAUUGCUCUCCAAAAUUUAUGGAUCUUUUAUACUCAAGCCUUAAGCUUAAAGUCCUCGUAUAAAAUGAUAAUGAAAUAUAAUAAUAAAAUUAUUUCUAAUUAUCAAAAAUAAAUAAUAAUCCUAUAGUAAUUAUUUUAUGGACUAGAUCUGUAUUUUCAUUCUAUUUGCCAAGGUUUACCCAAUUAAUUAAUUUAGUGAAAAAAAAUUAGAUCACACGUAAUAAUUUUUACGUAAAUUAUUUUAAAUGAUCAAAAUUCAAUUAACCUUGUGUAUAAAGCAAGAAAGAAUAAAAUACUUAUCUUGACAGGAAAAAUGCAACGGAGAUGAAAAUUCCAACUGCUCAUGUUUCUCGUUGGUAUAAUUUGAUCUCUUCUCUGUUACAGGAAACAAAUAAUCCUGCAAUACCUUUUAGUAGAUAGGCGGAGACAACUCGGCACGUCGACUAGGGAUUUCAGAUUUUACUCGGCAGCUAAUGAAUUUUUUUUUCUAGGGCGGCUAGGAUUAGAGCGUGCUGAUAACGUGUUGUGAAUCAAGAUAAAGAAAGAAUUGGUUAAUCUUAUUAUUCCAUAAGUCACGAUACAAUAUAUAGGGAUACAACAUUAGGGUUUCAGAAAUCCUCUAGAACAUGGGCUUAUGGAUCUAAUGGACAUCCACAUAAUAGUUCAUAACAAUUUUAAUUGUAUUUCUUUUGUUUUAAAAAGAGUGUCAUUGUACUUUUUCAAUAUAACUUUAUCAAUUAAAUUCAUUUUUUUUUAAAUUUUUGAGUAAUCAAUAAACUUUUAUUAAAAUUAUUUUCAUUUAAAGAAUCUCUUAUUCUAGUGUAUCUUCGUAUAUUUUAUAAUUUUCUUAAUUUACUUGAAAUAUGUCAUUGUGAUACUCUUUGCGAAAUGGAUUGAGUAUCUGAUUUUUCUGUUUAUCACUCUAAGUACAUGUCAUUGUAAAAAUUAAUCACAGGUUCGAAGGGUCACUUGAAUUCUCAGAUAAAAAGGUACUACUCUUGGAAAACACGCGUCUGAUACGUCUCAUCAUCUUCUAGACUCGGAACAUUUAUAAGGGUAAGUACAAUGGGCACGUUGGAGGUAUUCAACUAUUAUUCCCUGCAAUGGUGGUGUUGAAGAAAUCAAAAGAUCUAUGUGGAUUACUUUCCGUUGAGUAUAUUCAAUCCGUUGAGAGGGGGAAAAAUGGGGCACAUAUUAAUGUUGUGACAAUUUCUUUAAUUUUUUUUUUGUCAAGUUUUUCUUCAAUAAGAUCUACAAUGGUUGAUUUAUUCAACACCUUUAUUUUAUCCUUUUAACAUUACACAUCAUUUUCUCUCUAACUAUUCAACAUUCACUUCAUUUUUAACAUCUACAAUAGUUCUAUUAAAUAAAAUUUAAAAUCAUAUUCUAUAAUUUUAAUUUUUUUAUAUAAUUAACUACAUAUUAAUAAUAAUUUUGAUUAUAAUUAGAUUAAGUAAUUAAAAUAACAUAUUUUAAUAAUUUUUAACAAUUUUUUAUUUAGAUUCGUAAUCAAUUUUUUUUUGAAAAAUAAAUAAUAUUAAAAAUAUUAUUAUUAAAAUAAAUAACAUUGAAAAACCUCAAAUACCAAGUAUCUAUUUAUAAAGAAUAAAAAUUAUGAAUUUCUUUAUAAUUUUAUUAUAUUAUAUUAUAUUAUUUGGUUUAUUUAGUUUGAACAUAUAAAAAUGCAUUAUACUAUUUACAUUAUUUUAUGGCAAUUCCCUUUUGUAUAGCUAAAUAUUUUUAUGUAUAUACAAAAAUAGAGAAAGAAUUGAAGUAAAAUUAGUAAAAGAGGGUGUUGAAAUAUUUUUUAAAGUAAACUAUUGUAUGAUACAAAUGGUGAAUAAAUAUUGAAUAAUUAUGCAAACGAAAUAUAAAGUAUGUGGAUAGUUUUUUAUUUUUUUGACAACAAACACAUAUUAUAUUACUUAAGUUUGAGGUGGUCUUGGUAAUCAGAUCAGAAUAUAACGACCAACAAAAUAAAGCUAUCUAUGCAAAGGACUCGCAGUUCGAACUAAAUAUUAUUUCGAAUUUAUAAAUAAAACCAAAUGUUAAAAUAACAAGAUAUUUUCUCAAAAGAAACAACACUAUGUAUAAAAAUAAAACAAAAUACUAAUCUAUUCUAUUAUUUGCGAAGUGAUUUUCUGCAUUCGAGUUUUCAUGUUAAAAGUUAAAGUGGCUAAUAUUGUUUAUACUCUUAAUAAAUAAAAUAUAUAUUAUUUGCGAAAUGAUUUUCAGCGUUCGAGUUUUCACGUUAAAAGUUAAAGUUGUUAAUAUCGUUUAUACUCUUACUGAAUAAAAUAUAUAAAUCAGCCAUAAAAUAAAAAUGAAUUUUUAAUUAGAUAAGUCAUUAGAAUUAAUAUUAAUAAGAAUUAUCCAAAAUUUUAAAAAUAUAUUUAUAAAAAAAAGAUAAUUCCUAUAUAUUAUGUGUUGUUACCCGAAUAAUAUCUUUUAAUAAAAAGGUUAAAAAUUUAAAAACAAAAAAGCACAUAAUUUAAUAUUAGUCAAGUAAAAUUUUUAGUUUUGUAUAAUGAUAAUAUAAUAUUGAGUGAUUUUUUAAUAUUUAUUUAUCUAUAAGGAAUAUAGUGUACAAAAACAAAUUUCAAGAAAUUUAUAGUACAUAAAAAAAUGAAAUCAUAAAUAAUAAUUUACUAUUAAUAAUAAUUUAUCAUUAUAGUCUUUCAAUUAGCAAUGUGUGUAUUAAUUAGUAACUAAAAAAUAUUAGUCCCGCAUGCACGAACGAAACACCUAGCUACACUUAAAAGAGAACAUUAUUUUUGCUUUCAACUUUCUUUUAAUUAUAAAUAAUAAUGUUGAACCAUAAAUAUCUUUUUGAAACCGGGUUUUAUUUUUUUAUAUAUAUAUGGUAAAUUGGUUAUGUAUCCCCACAAUAAAUAUACAGCAAAUGACAACAACAUGCAAUUAAUUAUUUGUCAUAACCAAUAUACGCACAGACACACUAUAGUCAAUCUAGUUACUAGAAGCUUUCAUGCAUUAUGUGCAGUAAUAAAAUUUUGAAAUUUAAAUUAUGUUUUAAAAUAAAAUUUAUUAUUUUUAGAUAUUUUUUAAUAUUUUAAUUAAACAUAAAAAUAAGAUAAAAUAAUAAUUUUGUUUAUUCAAAAUUAUAUUUAAAAAUAAAUAUGCAUAUAUUUAAAAUUAUAAUCUUAGAUAUUUUUAUAUCUAUUUCUUUGGAUAAAAUAUAAUAAAUAAACUUGUAUAAAAUUAAUAAAAAUUGAUAUAAAAGUUGUAUAAUUAUCAAAAAGUAACACUAAAUAGUAUUUCUAAAAUUUGUAGAUAUAUAUAAAAAACGAAUAAUAUUGCGAUUAUAAAUUAUAAUUUCUUAAAAUUGUAAAAGAUUUUGAAAUCUUUUUAGUAAUAAAUUAUACGUAUUUAAUACAGAAGUAAAUAAUAUUUCAAUAUUUAUAAAAUAUGAUUAUAUUUUUAUUAUUAUAUUUUAUAUUUUAUAUUUUAAUAUAUUUACUUUAAUGAUAAUGAAUAAUUUACUAUUAUAUUUUAAAGAGUUUACCAAGAUUAUAAAUAAGGAUAAAUGUAAACUGUUCAUGUCACACUUAACCAUGAGCCAUGUAAUCAUUAUAGCAUGCUAUGUCACAUUAAUUUGGUGAAUUGAUUGUAGAUAAGACUUGUGUCAAAAUUACUUUGUAAAUAAUGUCUAGAGAAUAUGUACAUGCAUGGUAAUAACGAACAAAAACAUUUUUUUCUAAUAGAAAUAUUAUAGUUAAAAAUCCGAAAACCGGGGACAAGUUCGAUUAGAAACCGACUCACCCAAAACUUAUCUCAAUCAAAUAUCAUAGACUAGCUUCGCUUCAACCACCUAAACCGAUCCAUUACGCUAGACUAUUCAAGAAUCUCUAAGUAACCCGAGCCCCGUUCUCAAUUAUUGUCCUUAAACCUAAAAUGGUGGAUUGAACCUCGUUCCCUCGGAUGUCGGUCUUCUCGGCGGUCUUCCCAGAGCGACGCAUGAAGUAUGAUAUUUUUAGAGUUCAGGCUAUGUGUGAUAGACAAGUCCUUUUAGGACGAAAUUGAGUCUUGAAAUGGUGAAGAAAAGAUCUAAUGAGAAUAGUGUAAACUCAGAUAAAAAACAAGAGACUAUGAGAGAUUAGAGAUUAAGGUAGGAAAAUAUUAAGGGAUUGUGAACCAAUAAUAUUUUGUAUAACGAAGGAGGAGGAGAAAUCCCCCUCUCUCUUUUUCUUAGAGAUUACAAGUCUCACCAACUACAUGCUUAUAUAAGCAUUUACAAUUUGCAACAUUAAAAACCUAAAUAUAAUGGAUAAAAAUAACUUAAGAUGAAUGGAUGGCUAAGAUGGAGUGAGUUUAGUUGCAAUCUGCAUGAAUACACUUGAUUGGUGGAGAGGAUGUUGGCUGAUGAUUGCUUGAUUCAAACUGGUCAAGGCAAGUGUUUGGCUUCUCAUUUGCUCCUUAUAGGCUCAAAUGAAUUUGUCCAUGUAUCAGACCAGAUACAUGGUCAAUGGUUCUCCUUUACAGCUCAUACCAGCCUGACCUUAUCCACAAACGUCCUCAAGAUUAGACAGAUCAGGUUGUCUCUCUUCAUGCUGAACCGUCGCCUUAUCUUUGCACUUCUUCAUUUCAGGUUGAUCUGGAACAAGUACGUUCGAUUAUACGGACCACAUGUCCAUACCACACCCUAUUUUUGCACAGCUCACCCAAAUAUCUUCAUAGGUCAAACCUGACUUAAUUUGGGUUGCCCUAAGUUUGCACGGACCGUAUGGUACGGUUCCGUAUCGUCCGUAUAGAUGGUCGACUCUAUUUCUGCAACAUCACCCAACUGACUCCAAGUGUUGUAUAAGUCUCUCCUAGACUUGACCCUAUCUUUGCACACCUCAUUUGGAUACUUCUAGGCACUCGUGAACACUCAUGAAGCCUUUACAGACAAUCUUUGGAGGUCUUGUCCUAUUCUUGCGCAAGAUCCAAACUCAAUCUGUUAGAAGUAUUUUUUGUGUAGGGUCUUUGAUAGCACUUCGGAACAAUGAAUAAGCAGUAGGUAAACGAGAAUUAAGAUUGAAAGAUAUGUUUUAUUGAUUGAAUGAGAAGGAACUAAAACGGUUUGUGUAUAAACCCUAGUUCUAGCCGCCUAGCUCUAAUCUCUUAGUCUCAGAAUGCCAAUCCCUUGUUCUAGGGUUUGGGGUCCCCUUAUAUAGUAAAGUAGAUGUCGGUUCAAUAGGUUAAACUCUUCCAUAUUCGGAAAUAU